AGAUAAAGAGCGAUGCACCGAGAGGCUCGUCGCUCUGAGUGUAUAUUAUUAUAAUGUAGGCGAGAGACGUGUACAAGGGGUGUCGUGUUCUCGAUGCUUAGGGAUUGAGUUUUAUUGUUGAGGAAGGUCGUUGCUCGCCUGUCUCCAUAACGACGAUCUACUUUCAAUUCGUUUCUGCAAAAUGUUAGCGAUACGGUAAACCAGCCGGGUUUAUGCACAUUUUUAUUAAUAAUCAAUAAGAAAUUGUGCACGAUUCCUGCAUCGACCUUCCACGCGACGUAUACAUAAAUAGCUCGUAAAUUGAAAUUCGAUUUUUUCAAAGCCAAGGGAAUGUGAAAGUCUCUCGUUUGCAAUGUUUAACGGUCGCCAAACACAUUAAAACAGGAAGCGAAGUCCAAGAUCCACAAAUCAUCCGCGAAAAGAAUAUAUAUUCUCCAUUCAAAUCUCGUGUCACUGUUUCACCGAGCAAAUUUAAUCAAACCUAUAAACUCCACAAUUUCACGGACAUAUUUUUACUCUCCCUCUACAGCAGCCAUUGCUCCAUUACUUCUUUUACGAUGCCCAGCGAAAAUAUACGAGCAGUAUUAAAAUGCAGGACAUACACGGUAGUGAGUUUUUUUCUACCAUAUGCGCUUACAUACGGUCGUAAGACUCUCUCUGUGUGUGUGGGUGUGUGUGUGUGUGUGUGUGUGUGUGUGCGAGGUCGCCUUGAAUCGAAAAGGUCAACGCGCGACAGGUGGUUUGUCAGUCUCUCUCUCUUGCACACAGCAGUGUGCGGCAAUACUCACUCUACACUUGAUGUGAGAAGGUUUUUCUUCUUAUUAAGUAUUUCGCCGCGGGUCAGACGGUGUUUCUCUUUACCCCUUGACGAAAUUUCACGAGUCAACGACCGCCGAGAUCACUAUUGCAGCCAUCCGUUUUAAUAUAAUCAAUCGAUUCUCAACGAUGUACACUCGCGAAUUAGUUAUAGCUCGACGCCCCGAAUUCCGGCAGCAGAAAUAAAAUGAACCGCACGCGCAAUUUAGCUCUCGUUCUCCUGGAUGCCUCCGCUUCGCACUCUAUAAUAUCGCGCGCGAGAGUUUGCUCUCGAAAUAACGGAGUUUUUGCGAGCAAGCGUUGUACCCUGCGCAGACUCUCGUCUCUUUAUUCGGAUCGAAUAUAUACUCACUCGUAUACGCAGCGCCGAAAUAUGGUUGGUUCGAUGUCCUUGUUCCUCCUUUUUUGCGGGCAUUUAAUUUUAUUCCUCCGACGGGCUCUUUAUCGGGGGCUCUCGGACUGCUCCGCUCUCUUUCUCUCUCUCUGUUGAUGAUGUGUAUUUUCGGAUCUAUUUUCGGCAAGCGCGCGCGACGAACCAGUUCUGCGGGCGCUGCAAGAGAGAUAGGGGGGGAGAAAACGAUUAACAUAAUCGGAGAUGGACUCCUCUCUCGCUAAUAACGUCUGCGCGAGUUUUUAUUAUUAGCCGGAGAAAGAGAGAGCGAAAUUUAUGAUCGAUGCUCGGAUUCGCGAGGCCAGGGUUGGCCAGCUGCCGUCGGAAUUUAUAGGAAAAAUAACAAUUGUGUUAUAAUAACCGCGAGCUUACAUAAUUCCAUAAACCAGUUGGUGGAGGUAAACAGUGAUUAAGCAUCGGUACACGCGAACCGCGCGUAUUGGAGUGCAAAUAUGGGACAGAAUAUUGAAACAACGGAGUCUGCGAAAAGACACAGAGAGAAACCGCGACUUGUCGGGAGCGAGAGGGGGAGAGACGCGUGUACAGGCGCGCAACCGGUGGAGAACCGCUUUCGCGAGUCGCUCGCAGAAGCUCGAUAAACUGCGCAGUAGGACUCGUUUUGUUCAGGCGCGUUCCACGUUCGAUCGGACCACAAUAACGACGUUAUGUUCGAAAUCGUCUUCAGGCAACCCUUCGAAAAACCAUCGACCCACUCUAUAAAAAUUAAAAUCUAUAGGAAAAACUCUGCGAAUCAAAACAAAGCCUGCAAAAUAUCAGGGAAGGAGCGUCUGAGGUGCGCGUGCGCGCGCACGUGUUGCACACGCAGUAUUGUGCUAUCCUACCCCGAUCCCGUAGUGGCGAACGGCCGCCGGCGCGCCGUGGCUUCUAUUUAUAGAACUCGUCGGCUGUUUUGUCGCGAUCUCUCUCUCUCUCUCUCUGCGCGAGUGCAAAGCCGUUCAUUCGCCGCCGCCGCUCCUUUUUGCCGGCGAGAGCGAAGGCCGGUUUGCACAGAUUCGCGCGCCGGAGGCACGCCAUCGACGCUUGCCGCCGCGCAGAGAGAUCUUAUAGCUCGGCUCUGUGUGUGUGUGUGUGUGUGUGUGUGUGUGUUAUGGUUCGAGAGGAAUUUUAAGUGUUUUGAUUUUUGCACGAUGUAUUUUUUUUUAAUCGACGUCCAGCAGAUCGAAGUAAUUUAUCGACUUAAUCGAGAUAAAUAUUUUUAUAGAGAUCGGAGUGUAUGUAAUAUUAGCUGUGACGAGUACUUAAACUUUCCCUCGAUCGAUUUUCCAGACGUCGUCCGAUCGAACCGCCUGUAACUACUGCGGGCGCAACAGGUUACCCGCCGCAGAAAAAUUCCGAUGCCCCGUUGCUCAAUGCAGUUCGUCGAUGUCAAUAUUGACGAUAUACCGGCGGCGAUAAAUUCUCUAAACAUCGCGCGGUGCCGAGGAUCUUCGAGUCGAAAUAAAAAACUCUGGCGAAAAAAUUGUUUGCGCCGAGUGUAUAUUUGACAGGCCCGUUUUCGAGGUCGAACGCCUCUCGCGAAUUAAAAUAAAAGAUGCUACGCAUGCGCAGACGCCUUGUUUUCGAGUCGCUUCUCGCCCGUCUUGUAAUGUGCGGGGCAGAUAAUCGCGUCUUGUCACGGCGUCGUCUCUCCCCCGAAUCAGAUGAUGUGCGUGCGGGAAUAAUUUCGAGAAGUUUACUCGUGCUUUUGUUCUCGCGGAAAUUCGGACUGAGCGAAGCUGGCAAAUCUGAAAAGUAAAGUAAAACUCCUUUGCAAAUCAAAUCUAGAUCGUAAUUCAUGUAUACUAUAUCAGCACGUCGCUGUCCUCGAAUCAUUCAUCGUCAUGUUACAAUACACACGGAUAAGCUCGAUACAAUACCGUUUGGCUUCUUACCGGUCGCUUUAUCUUUACAAUUGCUUCGUCGAGCGCUUUCAAAAGACACGCCCGAGAUGAAUAACAAACAUCGCACAAGACUGCAUCCACAAUCUUUCAAUUAAAUCGAAUUCGAGCGCUUGUUUUCAAACUCGCAUCGUAAACUCUCCUGAACCAACCGGCGAAGCUUCCAUAGUCUUCGAUGCAAAACAGACGAUCUCUCAAGUCCGUCGAUUCUCUCGAAACACGUCUUUUAAAAACUAUAAUAUUGAGUCUAUUGCAGUCGACGGAAAGAAUCGCCUUCGAUGCGCGCUGUCGAGCUAUUGCAUAAGUUUCUGUUUACGUUUCGCGCGCUAGGCGUUAUCGCUACAUCGAGUGCAUAUCUCAUAGGUAUUACAUGCGUGCGUAUUUUUCAAACAGCGUCGAUUCGAUACUUUUUGCGCUUUAUAAUCGCGAGAAGGAUUUUAUGUAACGAUUAUCGAUUUUCCCAAGCGUUUGCGUGUGUUUUUUCUCUUCUUCUGCUUUUCGAGAGCGCGAUUUAUGCAACGCGAUUUUUUUCGCUCUUCUGGAAUGGCAAAUGCGGAACGAACGCAUGGUCGUAAUGAUCGAAUCGUUAUUCGCUUUUUCUACAUACUAUUAAUUAUACGAUACUUGUGCAACUAUAGCGCUUAGACGCAUACGCGUAUAUGAUACAAAGUUACUCGCGCAAACAAGCCAAACUGGAAAUCGUAGUAUACAGAACCGACCGCACCUGCGCACCGUCGUCUUUCGCAUAUAAUUAUCAAACCAAUGAAUAUCUCUCAACAUAUAACAACAGCCUCGAAGUUCUUCGGUUGCCAUGCAAGAUCGACGCUUCGCGCAGUCAAAAAAAAACAAAAAAAAACUGCAAACUUCAACCGUCCUUCCCCCGCCGUAUAAGCUCCAGCACCCACACAGCCUCGCGAGAACCAGACUUCACAGGCAUACGCACACAGUCGAUUUUCAUAUUAUACUUGUACCAGACAUCGGCUGCCGCCGGUUGUGGGAACGCAACUCGCCGGGCUUCGGGUGAGGUCGGGAGCGAGCCCCCUACUUUUCCAUCUAGACGGGAGAGAGAGAGAGAGAGAAAUGGAUAAUUUUUGCGGGCAGCUGUCGCUCCAUACACACCUCCGUUAUGUGCGUGCGCUGGUUGGUCGCGAGGAAGAAGAGGGAGAGCGCGUGCGUGCGUGCGCGCGCGCGCUGGAGAACCGGCGGGAGAAAGGCUGAUGCAUAUAUAUAUAUAGGGUAUGUGCGUGUGUGUAUUGGGGGAGAGGUUGGUACGAUUCGAUGUGUCGCGAGGCCCUUUUACGCUGUGCGGACUGAGUCGCUGGUAUAUAUAAAUUUUAAUGCGUAUACAGCUGAGGUGUACGAUUUGUAAAUCAAUAGAACGCGAUUGCCGCCGGCUGAUGGAUUUAAUUGGAUUUAAUAAUUCCUAUCGAGGGUUGCGAUGGUGCGGUGACGAGGUUCAAGACCAAGUUCAAGUGCGAUCGAUAUAUCGAAGAUUUGGAAGCUUGAUUGCGUGGAAGCAAAAAGCUCCCGAAUCAAUUGCCACGGAGUUUCGCAACAGCGCAAAAAGUUUAUCCGAAUACGAUAUCUUAUAUUUAUAGCGCACUCCGUUUAUUUUCGUCGCCGUCCUACUGUUGACACAAUCAGCUUUUCCCCGUUGUUUAUUACACUCGCAAUAACGAGAAGAGACGCUCGCUUAGGAUCCUCCCGCGCGCGUAUUUUUUCCGCCGAAAUUCGCGAGAGAAAAACAAAAUCGAGAUCACCAGCCCGAAAAUAUAUUCACACGAAAAAAUAACGCCGCGUGGAAUCCGUCUAAAAAUAGCCGCGCUCUCUCUCGAUUUAUCCGCGGCUGCCGCUCUCCCUCUUCCUCCGCGAUCCCUCGGGGUGUUCGCUCCCGACGUGCGUAGGUGGAUAUUUGUGUAAAGGAUACGCGUAAAGAUAGGACGACGGCUGCAGUUGCGACGAGAGAAAGAACUGGAAGGAAUAGGCAUGGGGAAGAGAGAUGGAAACUUUUGGGAAACGUGAAUUUUCUCGACUCGGUAAUGGCGCCAGAUGGAUACCUGUGGCGCAUUUUGGAAGCUGUCUCGAGAACACAGCUGUUCCUUUCCGAACCAUGCGAUCAGCUGGCCGAUCGUACAAUUCGAUCUUCAGAAUGUCACUUGAGCGACUAAUCAAAGGAUCGAUAAAAGCAGUAAUGUAUACUUGCGGAUAAAAAAACUGCGCAGCAGCGCACCGUCUCGCCCCGUCCGCUCCGCAAAGCAUCGGCCCGUCCCCCACUUAUAGUCUCCCCGACGCACACACACCGCCCGAAUGACAGAACGACGCCGCUCUCGCGUGCACGGGCUCACGUAAACAUCGCAGAGUCUCGCUAGUCGCAGUCGUCGACCGAACGCGCUUGUAUCUCAUAUUCCCUCCGUGUCUCAAUUUCGGGAACAAGGAACGGGACGGCGAGUCCUUUUAAAUCCACGCCUGUGCCUCUCGCGACAGGAGGGGAGUCUGUCUGUCUAGUGCUGAAAAAAACAAGAACCCCUUGCGAGGGGGAGAAAACGCGACUUCGGUGCUCCGCGCUAACGAAGCUUGUGUUGUAUACCUAUAUAUAUAUACGCAGUGUGUCUCGACGUGACGCGGCGGCGGCGUCUGCUCGGGAGAGGUUCGAUCGACCUAUUUUCUCUCGGCCGAGCGCGUGGACUGUGUAUUACUGCACUUAUAGCACAGAGUAUCGUAUUGUAUUGUACUCGCGAAGUGCUUUUCUCUGUCACUAAAAGGAGCUCCCGAAGCGGAGAAGCUCGAGGUUGCCACACCCGCGGCAAGCAAUAUGUCAUUACCCUUAUUGGCCAACAAUAACAACAAUAACAGUUAUAGUAAGUGCAGCCGAAAGUACAGCAGCAGUGCAUCGACGCUACUCGACCUGUUCUCGCCCCGAUUCGCCGUAGACUUCUUCGGUACGUUGCGAGUACACGCGCACUCACUGUAUAUAUAUGUAUGUAUAAAAGGGGGAAAGUAGCUCUGGCGCGCGAUGCAAAGGCGACGCCACCGCCGCACCGCCGGCCGCUCGGCGCGUCUAAGUACUUAGUUUUCGGUUUUCGGGCACAACGCAUCAGGAGUGCAUAGUUGCAACUGGGAGCAUCGAACGCUUCGAGAAGCCGAUGGAAAGAGAAUAUGCGGAAAACGUAGAAAAGUAGCAAAGGCCAAGAUGUUCAGUUUUCACAAGCCAAAGGUUUAUCGGUCCAGCACCGGAUGCUGUAUCUGCAAAGCCAAAUCCAGCAGUUCAAGAUUUACGGAUAGCAAGAAGUACGAAGAAGACUUUGUAAAAUGCUUCCAGUUGGAGGAGCGCCGUACCGGGGAAAUUUGCAAUGCCUGUGUUCUCCUAGUAAAGAGGUGGAAGAAGCUACCUGCUGGAAGCAGUCGCAAUUGGAGACAUGUGGUGGAUGCUCGUGCAGGUCCAGGAAUCAAGUCCUUGACCAAGUUCAAAGCAAAGAAUAAGAAGAAGGUGGUCACCAAGGAGGAACCAGAAAAGUUUGAAAAAAUUCUCAAGAAGAAGCGCGUUUGCCUGAAGAAUGACAGAGAUCGCGAGCAGAGCCCUGCCAUAAGCGAUGACUUGACAGAAGAAUAUUUGCCUGGUACUGGUAGCAAAGGAUCUAGCAGAGCUGGCAGUCCAGCAGAAAGCGAUGAUAUUGCAGUAGGAGAGAAGAGACUAGAUAUUGAUCAGGAACAAGAAGACAUUAGCAACUUCAUUGACCUAACUUACUUCAAAAGGAAGAACGUGUGCUGUGGAGUAAUAUUUGUGGGCAUGAUGGGUGAGGUGCUGAUCGAACCGAGCUUGUUCAAACCCUGUAUUGGUUGUCUAGCCAGACAACAGCGGCAGCGAGUCGCAGCCACUGCGACAAUGGCAGGCGCAAGUCCGGCGCAUUCGUCGGCCUCGGCUAGUCCUUGCCAUAGCUCAGCGUCCACUAGUCCGGCGCACAGCGUCGAGUCUGGUACUGAAGGUUCUGUCGUCAGUGGCAAAGGUAAAGGUUUUUGCGAUUCCUCGUCUGAUUCCGGAUACGACGACUCUAAUCAGGGAAUCGCCGGCGAGAGCAAGAAACACCAUCAGCAACAACCACCCAAGCCGCCGACGGCACAAGCACUUGAUAUCAGUGCCAAACCUGUCAAGCCGGUCAGUAAAGUGCAAGCGCUGAAAUCAGAUAAGAUAAUGCCAGUCUCGACGAGCGUGCGAUUGAAAGCAAAUUCGAUCGGUGGAACCAAGGUACCGAUUAAGCUUCUGUGCAAGCCAGUAGCCCUCGUAAGCUCGGCCAAGCUCAGCUUAAGCGGCACCCCGCGAGCUGUCGAUGCAGCUCUUACCGUGCCGACUGCCGUAGAUUUCUCAUUGCGCUCUGCGUCUCAAAGGCAGUCACUCGCCAAUUAAACUUACGCCCGCGUAGAUCUCGCUUGUUAUGCGUGCGCCGGUACCUCGAUUUUUCUCUUUCUUUGCCUUUUUUAUCCUUGCUUGUGUUGUAUUUUCUAAUCUUUCGGUAAGGCGAAUUACCGGCUAAACCUAGAGUUUGAACUCUUCGGAUACGCAAUUAUUGUGCAAUACUAAAGUAUCUUUCGGGAGUCUGUAUAUAUGGGUUUUCUGGUUGUAGGCAACUGGUGAGCAGAGAAUGAUACUUCGUUACCUGAACUACAAUGCAUCACGUUAUCUGCACAUUAAUUUACAAGAAUGAAAUAUUAACUUAUUUUUAAUGAUUUCUAUUUUUAAAAUAUUUUUCUUAUAACUUAAUGUGCCAACACGACAGUUUGUCAGCUCAGUACGUUAUUACGGUUACGGAAUUAAAGAUUUUACGAAAAUUCGACACAAGCAAUGAAGACACUUUCUCUCGAGCAACCAGUGCGCGCAUCUCCGUGCGAUGACAUCUUAAUUUAUUUUUUUCUUCGUUCUAGAGUAUGGUCAGAUGUAAGUUGCGCGUGUAUAUAUAGAUAUACACACAUUAUAUACAUAAAGAAAUAUAUUUAUGACACAAAGUUGCAGCUUUCUCUCUGUGAAGUACGCAUGCUUUAAGUUAUUACGUGUCGUUUUGUACGAUAAAAGUCGCUCGUUUGUUUAGCCCGUAAUUUUCUCGAAACAGACAAGGAUCUUCCAAUAGAGAGAAAAUAUCGUUUGUCACUAGUAUAGUAUUCUCACUCAGGCUGGCUGUGAAGUAACUAGUUAUACAAACUAAUUUGGGAAAAAUUAGAUCUUAAAAAUAUGUUCUCUGUCUUUCUUUAAUUAUUAAAUAAAAUUUAUAUAUGACUUCGAACGUAGCCCUAGCGACAAAUCAUAUUAAUGUGAUAAAAGAAUGUCUUUGUUUGUAGAAGAGAAAAUUUUAGGGAUGUCUUCGCGUUCUCAGAAUAAAUCUAUUAAGGCAGAUUCCAUGACUCUAAUAACUUCAACUCAUAAUUACGGACCAAAUGACUUUAGAUUACCUGCUCAAAGAGCCAGCUUUAUUACAGCCUCAUACAUGUUUAGAUGUUUGACGCUGUUUGUACAUACGUAACAAAAUAAAGAAAGCUUAUAAGUUUAUCAACAACAACUCUCUUCUUCUAUCUCUUUGACGUGUUCGAGAGUUUACAUAUCACUUCAAAGAACAAUAUUAGAAUCGGGUGCUUCAAUAAUAUUGAUUGGAGCUAUUGAGUAUAAGCAAGACAAUCACGUUUAUCCUUGUUGACACACCGUGUUAAAAGAGUAUGAUCAGUAAUUUUUCUCUAAAAAUAGUGAAAUCGAAAAUAAAGAGUAGAGUUUAGAAGAAAGAGAGUUUAUGUCAAUAAAAGUGUUUAUGAAUGAAAUCUUCUAAGUUAAUUGUUAUCUUGGUACAGUGUAUGAAUGUAAGAGUAAAAUAACGUUACCUCAUGCAUAAGUUCCAUUAUUAUGGAAUUAGCUGAAACUAAGAAGAAAAUCUUCCAAAGUCAAUCGAAUAUUGUCAUUUACUUGCACUUUUUAUAAAGCAGUUGGUUAUUGACAAGAUGUUUAUAUAUGUGAAUAAAUAAUAAAUAAUGCAGUCAUUACAUUCCUAUACUAAGUACCGUUUGUAUCUAAGCACAUUUAACGAAUGCUCGCAUAAACUGCCACAACGUAAGAUUGUUGAAGAGUCAUAUUUAAUGGUUGAAGUAGCAAGACGACUUGUGCUGUGAUACCGUAAUUUAAAGAUGAAAUUGAAAAAAAAAUCGUUAUUAAAUUUAUAAUGAAAAGAUAUUUGGCGACUUCGAUCGUGCAAAACGUGUCCAGUAAGCAAAUUUACGAAAUAAAGACGAGUGCGUAUUUCAUGAGAUAAAUAAUAUCGUGGUCGCUUCAGGAUAAUUAAAAUUUUGUCGAGAUUGGAAAAUCGAAAAUGAUUAAUUUUUAAGUCAAACCAACUUCCCAGACUUUUCAUAGUAAAUCAUUGUUCGUCGUCAAAUACACAACUUAAUUAUAGUUCUUGAUUAUAAUGUCAAUACAUCUUGCAUUAAGCAAAAUGUGUUCAUUGUGUUCAUUAGGAAGUGUUUGAUUUGAAAAAGACUUACUUUCGACUGAUGACUUUAUUAAUCUAGUAAGAAUUUGGAUUAUAGCGAAAGAACCAAUAACAUAGCAGCCACAAUGUACAAAAAAGAGAAGUUGCAGCUUAACAAAGAAUUCCACCUAAUCCUAUUCAUGCGUCAUAGAUUAUUUACACAUACUUUUUCAAAUAUUAAAUACGAUUGUGAGACUGAUCGAUGUAUUAAGCAGAUAAUUUUUUUUACAUACAACUACUAGGAAAUAGGUGAGAUUUGUAAAAUACGUAUAUGCAUUAUGUACACACAUCAUACAUACAUAUUUUAUAUAUAUAUAUAUGAGAAGAUUCUAACAAUACAAAAUACGACGACUGCCAUAAAAUAUUAUCACGUUAUCUCGAUGGUUAUCUUUAUCAUAUAUAAUUGUACAUAUAUCUUGUAAUGCAAAUUGAAAUGAGGUGAUGAUAAUUAUUGAGAUUGUUUUUGUUCUCAAUGUAAUUGAACAUCGAUAACUUAGGUGCGAUGCGCCUUCUCUGAUCCUGCAAAACUUUGAAAUGAUCUUGCUUCACAUAGCUAAAUGAAUUUCAAGGAAAGUGUCCACUUGCUGUCUAUGCAAAGCAAAGUCAACUGUUAUGUCUAAUGGUGGUGUUAAACAUGAAAUGUAGUUAUAUAUAACUAUGUAUUAUUACUUAUGAAUAGAAUUUAUUUAUAAGUUAUAUGUAGUUAUACUAUAAUUUUUUUUUUAUUGAAAAAAUAAGACUUUAACCUACAAGUGCAAUGAGUUAUCUUACUAAAGAACUCGAGUUUAGCAUAAUAAUAUAGUAUGAAGAGUUAACGUACAUGUAAACUGUGAAACUUGUUUUUAUUUUUAAGUUUUAUAUAAUAUUUACAGAGCUUUAUUUUUACAAAACAAAAUAGCGCAAUUUUUAUAUUAAAAUUACACGAAAAAAAGUAACAAAAAAAAAAUCCAAUAAAGUUUCAUAGUUUUUGUAUUUAAAUACUGAGAUUCUUGAAAAGAACCGAAUACCGAGGAGAAUAUUAAAAGUAAAUGGCUGAGUUUUGUAUCGACAAGUGUUCGUUUGAAGCAAGUACUUUCCGACUCUCUAAAUUUUUUCAGAGAAAUUUAGAUGCAAUUAGAUAGUAUAAAUUCACGCACGUGUCUAAGCCUUAGUCGAAGCGAGAUCACAACCACAAAGUUGCAGGACAAGAGGGACGCGCGCAUAUAGUUAUAACACAGAAAGGAGAGAGAUGAAACGCAUAAUUAUAUUAUUUUGGCGAGGCGCUCGUCAUUAACGAGAGAGAAAGAGACAGAAGUUUCGCUUCGCCAAAGCAUAGAAUAUUAUCGUAAUCAUUGCUACUCGCGAGUGACUUGGCGAAAAAAUGUACGUUCGUGUUUGUUCUUUUUGUCAAAUCUUGUCAAAUUUUGUAACAAUAUUUUUGUCGACGAUUUUCUUUUAUCUUCCAAAGACUUAAUUUUGACUGAGAAAAAGAAAACACAUCGUUUAGUGCAUAAUAACGGUAUGCCAAAUAAAAAAUUGUAAUCUGCAAAAUAUUUUAUUUGAAUCAGAUAAAAAUGUUGAAAAAUGAACUAGAUUUUGCAAACAAAUAUUUGGUCUCGGUAUGCACGCAUUACAAAUUUCAUAAAGUAAAAGCUAUUUAUUUCAGAGAAGCAAACACGAAUGCUUUUUUCAGUACUUCUUUUUAAAUUAGAAUUAUGUUUUUAUAGUGAAUAUUUAUUUUAAUGAAUACAUUUUUGUGUAAUGUUUUAAACGGAACAAUUCGUAUUUGGACACAAACGAUGAGAAGGCAAAAAACUUCGUCCGAGCGUAUUCGGAAAAUCAUUUUUUCCCGAGUGCAUUUAAAAAUGUGUAAUAAGAAAACAGUUAUAUCUUUUAGUUUUUAAGCGAUCCAUCAGUCACACAAACACAAUCUACUAUGUAAUGCGUAUAAUGUUAGAUAUAAAUAUAUACAUAUAUAGUCACUUUAUAAGUUAUCAUUCAUAUAAUAUAAAUACUAUCGUGUUUUUGUACUUGGCAAAAGCGCAUUUCGUCGUCGCAAAGUGAAAUAAGCCGAACCUAUGUGUAAUGGAGAAUUGCGCGUUUUAAAGCAGUGUUUGUUAAUAGAAAAGCGAAAAAGAUUUAUAAAAAAUAUAUUACCUGUUUGCACACUUGUACAACAAACGACGUUUGUAAGAAAGAAUAAGUGAUGAAAAGCGGAAGAUACAAACAAGAAAAAUCAAGUGUAGAAUGCAAUCGCCAAAUCAAAGAGUGAAAUGAAAUGAAAAAGUAAUUAACGCACAAGUGUCUUGCGCGUGUAUUAGGCAAAACAAAAGGACUAUAUAGCUUUGCGCUGUGAAGUGAUACUAAAUUUGAUAGAGAAUUAUAUUUAUAAUGAAAAAAUAACUAAAAAGGAAGGUAAAAAGAUUUUGCAAUAUUUAUAACGUUUUUAUAUAUAUCAAAGAGGCGUUUCGUGGCGACGUUCCCAUAUCUUUUCUUCUCUAGAGACUUUUUCGCAAUGAGAGAUUAGGAGAGCGUUUUUUUCUCCGUUACAGAAAGAAAACUGAAACAAUAAAAUAAGGCGUUCGUUCGUGGGACGAAAGGCGCGUCAAGUGUUUUUAAGAAAGAAAGGGUGUACGUAUAUAUACUUUAUAAAUAAUAAGUUGCGAGCGAGAGAACGGGCAAUAGAGCGGAUGCGAGGGUUGCUUAGCUGUUAUUUGAAGCGAAUGAAAUUGUUAAUUCAAAUGUAUUUGUUUUUUGUGCAAAAUGUCUUGUUGCGAAACGCUCGAUUUUAAAUAUUGUACCAUUUAUGGGGUAAUCGUUUAUGCUGAGUAUUUAAAGCCUCGUUUAAUAGUCUGUAGUUAACAGUACAGCAAGAUCGCUUGAUUCGAGUCAAUCUAUAUAUGAAUAAAAGAUCACAAUUGAUAGAUAUUCAGUACUUAAUUAAUCAUUGUGAAUAAUGAAUUUUAUUAUUGCAGACUACUGCACCAGUUUUAAACUGUUGUAAAUAAUUAUGAGAAAAUAGCCUGUACUAACGACCCUCGCAGCCCUUUGGACGCUGAUGCAACGAGAAUUGCAUUGGCAAUCGGCAAUCGGCUGAUCUCAUGUGCGUAUUGCGUUUUGGUUACCUGUAUAUAUGUACACGAUGGCUAAAGCAGCGCAUUCCUGCCUAAACUGUUUGUUUUUCUCUAUAAUUUUUUUUUUUGUUUAACAAAACUCCGUAUAUAAAGAAACCGAAUGUCGUUCUCCGAUUAGUUUUAACGAUACCGCUGUAAUAUACUACGAUAAUGUGCAUUUUUUCUUGUCUUCUCGCCAUGAACGAGAGAGUCUUUCUAAUUCAUAUAUCUCUAUACUUUAUCCAGACCUCGACUCACAAAUGUCCAUUGUUUUUCCGUUCGAACUUAGUUUAUAUAUAAACGAUGUACCAUUAUUAUAGAUCUUUUAUUUUGUAUACUCUCCGAGAUGUAUAAGAUUUUUUUACGUUUGGAAUCGACCGAUUCAACAUGUACCUUACAAGAUUCAUACAUGUUUUUUUUUAACGAUCUGAUAUCACGUAAUGUUUAUUAAUGUAUUGCUGUCACAGCGAUUUUGAUUAUUAAAAACAAGCGCUUCUGUACAUUGCAAGGUUUGAGAAAAGAUGAACAUUUCUAUCGCAUACUCGCAGUAACUGUACAUACUGUGCGAAGUAUUAUGUACUAUUCCAUUUGUUAAGCAUUGAUUAAAGUAUUGUGUAGAAAAUAA